GAGGAGGGAAAUAAAAAGGAAGAGGGGCGAAGAGAGAGAAAGAAGAGAGAGAGGGAGAGAGAAGAGAGAGAGGUGAGGUGGGUUUACUUGGGGACUGAGUCGGGUGACCGAGUCAGGGCUCAUCCGAUCCAACAAAUCACAGGGUUGUGUUGUGUGUGUGAGACUGUGUUUUGUAUAUGUUUAUGUGGUACAAGAAAAAAAUGGAGAAGAUUACGAGUCCUCUCCUUUACCACUAUACUCAUCAUACUAUUACUAACCCCCACAACUCCUCUUUCUCUAACCCUAACCCUAACCCUAACCCUAACCCUGACCCAUUUACGCCCCCUUCUCUCUCUCUCUCUCUCUCCCAUUUUCUCAUCGUCUCUCCCUCUUCUUCUCUACCAUCCUUUCUUCUCUACCCCUUUUGGGGCUGUUCUUCGAAUUCUUUUCGCGGCUGUACAAAUUAUCGUUCAACGUCGAGUAUUUCAAAAUUGCUCCAAUAUUUGGUGGCUUUGAUUAGAGUUAAGGGAAUUGGGCUUUAAGGUCCUUUCCUGAGUUUUCACGAUGGAAGAGCCUGGCGGCCCUCGAUUUGAAGGAUUAGGUAACACUAUGAGAAAGAAGAGGAGCCAAAAUUCCCGCCGACCUAGACUGGAGUCACUUCCAUUUCCUGAAACUCGUGAUCAGUCACCUUUAUCAUCUACGCCACCUUCAGAUGAUGUGAGCAAGACCUCCAGUGAGGAGAAUACAAGGUUUGACACUAAUUCUAGGAGGAAAGAGUUCAAUCUUAACCUUUGUACUUUGAAUGGUUCUGCUAUCAAAGCAGGUGAAUACCCUCUUAAAAAGAUUAAGGAGGAUAGAUCACAUAGUUUAUCAUACGGUGAUAGAGAUUUUGGAGACAGUGAUGAUCAAGGAGGAAAUGGGUUGAAUCACCAACGGUGUAGUGAAGGCGCCCUUGCCCCUGCUAAUUGGAAAACCACGACUAAGAUGAAGGGAAGCUUUGAAUUGCAGUCAACAACUAGGAAUGGUGAAAAUCAGAAUUCUGGGAACUCAAGAAUGAAUGGGGAUGGAGUCAAAAAUGACAACAUGGUUAAAAUGGUUAAGCUUAAGGUUGGUGGUGUCACACGCACGAUUCAAACAAAGUCCAAGUCACAUGGUGUGUCAGGUAGUGGGCUUUCUACAAAAUGUGCUCGAACUUCAGAUGCUCCUCGAUCACGGCCUAAGCUGAUUCUCCAGGACAUUUCUGAUGAUGAUUCUCCUCCAGAUCAGAACAGUGGUUUGCAAGGAAUUCCCUGGAAGGAUUAUACGAGAGGCAAUUCUAGUCGUGGGAAGGAGGAUUCUUCAAUGGGGAAGAUUCCUGAAAAGAAUGCAUCGGGAAACCUAGGUGAGAAGUUGGAGCCAGUUCGUAAAAGCAAGAGGGUGCCAAAGAGGCGUGUAUUGGAUGCGGCAUUUGAUGAAGAGGAUGAGGAUGAUGAGAUUAGAUACCUUGAGAAAUUAAAAUAUUCCAAGGUUGCUGCAGGAAAUAAAGAUUUUGAGGAAGAAUCAAGCAAGAAACACCAACGAAUUUCUAGGGUUCCUAAGAAUUCUAAGCAUGGUGAGAUUUUGGAAAAUUUUGUCUCUUCGAGGUCAAGUAAAGACAGUAAGAAGUCCAGAUCAGAAAGAGGAUCUGACGACACAGAUUAUGAGGAGGAUGAAGAAAUCGGAUCUGAUGGAGAGCCUGAAGGCAAGAAGAAGAAGAAGUUGAGGAAGGACUCAAUUGAUUCAGCAAUUGAAAUCAGGAAGGAAUUGGCUCUCACAAAUCGCCAGCGAGCCCUUUUGUCCAGCAAAGAUGCCUCUUCUGCAUCUGGUGCAAGCAUUAUCGAGUUCCCCAAUGGAUUACCACCUGCCCCUCCUCGAAAGCAAAAGGAACAGCUAUCUGAACUGGAGCAGCAACUGAAGAAAGCCGAGGCUGCUCAAAGACGCAGACUGCAAGUUGAGAAGGCUGCUCGGGAAUCAGAGGCUGAGGCAAUUAGGAAAAUACUUGGGCAAGAUUCCAGCCGAAAGAAGCGCGAAGAUAAAUUGAAGAAGCGCAGGGAAGAAUUGGAACAGGAGAGGGCUGCCAGUGCACGGACACUUGCAUCAAACACCAUUAGAUGGGUUAUUGGCCCUUCUAGUACUGUUGUUACAUUCUCAAAUGAUAUGGGUUUGCCUAGUAUUUUCAAUCCCAAGCCUUGCAGUUAUCCACCACCGCGUGAAAGAUGUGCUGGCCCAUCUUGUACGAACCCGUACAAGUAUCGAGAUUCUAAGUCAAAGCUUCCUCUUUGCAGUCUUCAGUGCUACAAGGCAAUGCAUGAAAAGAUGGAUGCUGAAACUUCUAGCUAAAGUUAUUAAGCUACUAUGUCUUUGCUUCGUGCCCUGACAUUCAUGUUAAUAUAUGUCUUGUAUUGAGAUAGUGGUCAAGGAACACAUUUUUAUUUUUCUCAUAAUAUAGAGAGACAUAUAGGAAUUGGAAUUUGGUUAUAUGCUGUAAUCCACAGCUGAAAGGAUCAAUAAACAGAAUUUUUCUUUUUGAUUU